UCCCCCUUUUUUUUCCCCCGUCACGUUCAACACGGAAGUUACACUCGCGAGGGGGAAACAUGUCUGUGUCGAGCGGCUGCUACAAACCUGUGAGCCAUGUCCUCUUCGAUAUGGACGGAUUGUUAUUAGACACGGAGCGACUGUACACCGUGUCCUUCCAGGAAAUAUGUGACCGGUUCGGGAAGCGGUACACGUGGGAGGUGAAGGCCUCGGUGAUGGGCAAAAAGGCUCUGGACGCCGCCCAAAUCAUCCGGGACGCCCUGGAGCUCCCCAUGACGGCCGAAGAGCUCCUCGCCGAGAGCAGACAAAUACAGGAGAGGAUAUUCCCUUCUGCCAAGCUCAUGCCAGGUGUGGAGAAACUGGUGCGCCAUCUCCUGAAGCACGCGGUCCCCGUCGCGGUGGCAACCAGCUCAGCCGAUGUGACGUUCCGGAUGAAGACGGGCCAGCACAAAGCCUUUUUCAGUCUGUUUGACCACAUUGUGCUGGGCGAUGAUCCCGAAGUGAAGAACGCCAAGCCUCAGCCCGACUCCUUCCUCGUCUGUGCCAGCAGAUUCAACCCUCCUGCUCCUCCGGAGAAGUGCCUGGUGUUCGAGGACGCGCCCAACGGCGUGAAGGCGGCACUGGCGGCGGGGAUGCAGGUGGUGAUGAUUCCCGACGAUAACCUGGACCCCAUCCUCACCCAGGAGGCCACGCUGCGACUCAGGAGCAUGGAGGAGUUCCGGCCGGAGCUCUUUGGCCUGCCGGCAUUCGACUGAGCCUCUGUGUCCUACUCCAUUCCGAUCACUCGAAGGAAACGGGGAUGAUGGAGUAAAACAAAAACAAAAACGAGAUGAUUUUCCUGCUUACCCUGCUGUGGGGAAUGUUAUAAGCUUUUCUCGCCAGCUAAUGAUAUUCAGUUAUGACGGAUGAGACAUCACAUCAGUGAACAAGACCUUUAAGCUGUUUCACCUCAGGCCAGUUUAUUAGCAAUCCAUCUUGUGGCUCCUUGCCCAAAGCUUUUUUAAAAAACAUAUAUUACACUUCAUUUGUCACUUUGCCUUAGGGGUGUGCGGAUAUUUACAUGGUUGAGGUUUUUCGAUAUUUGCAUCCUUACCUUCUGCCCCCUUCCCGCUAAUGAAAUCAAUUUGUAGGAACAAAAUCAGACCUCAAGCUGAGGGUUCAGAUGACUAAGACUUCCCUACCUGCCGUAAAUAUUUGCCAGUGAGGUCUGUACGACACAGGGACACUGUCUAAAAAAAGUUCAAUAACAGUUGAAAUUUUUCAUUUUGAGCAUCGCAAUAUAAGUUCCAUUCACACAUUCAUUGUACUGUACUGUACUGUAAAUCAGAAAUCCUAUAAUUUUGACGCACGGAUGAACAGAUUUCAACAGAUGUUGUUGGAGGCACCCACCAACAUGGAACUCAUUAAAUGGGCAGAUCCAGAA